AUGUAUAGACAAGGAUUCGCCCUUCGUUCCCUGGCAGUCUACCUGCUGCUGCUCCUCUUAGCAAGCCCUACAGCUGCAGACGAGGAUGAUAAAUGGGUAGUUGGUGUCGUCAAUGGCAAGAAAUGGAAGGUCAGAGAUGACCGGCAGCCAUCUCUCUAUACUGACGAUUAUGGCGACUGCCUAGGCGAGAGCGCCAUCAACGUCACCCGAUUUGAUGCCGCUUACUACAAGGACAACAUGACCAUCAUCUUCCACUUGGAAGGUGAGACUGGGCUCCGAAGAGAGGACAUAAUGAUGAACAUUGGUGUUUACGCGUAUGGAGAGAGUCGCUUUGAUCUUACCUUCGACCCUUGCAACGCCAACAUCAACAGCGCCUGUUCCGUUAGAGCCGGCGUUCAUAUCGAGGCGGCAGGUAUCAUACCGAUCAACCAGAACGACACCGCUGGAAUCCCAGAAAUUGCACUCAGCAUCCCCGACUUUGAAGGCCAAGCCAUCCUUCGCCUGUUUUCCAACUCGACGCAGAAUGAGAUUGGCUGUUUCGCUGCGCAGAUCACCGACGGCUACACGUUCCAGCAGAAGAGCGCUGCAAGCUCAACGCUAGGAGUCUUCACUCUUCUAGCCAUCCUCUCUUCGUUCGCCACGGCUGCCUAUGGAUCCGAUAUCGCCGAUAUGCGCAAGCAUCACGCACAUUCACCGUCGGUUUCAGUCGUCUUUGCUGUUUGGCAUCACAUCUUCUACAGCGGCGCGCUCUCGAUGAAUUGGCCGAGUGUCCUCGUGGGCUUCUGGAGCAACUAUGCUUGGGCUGGAGGUAUGCUAUACACUGAGCCAAUGCAGAACAUGAUCAAUGGCUUCAUCGGCUCGAACAAAGGAAACACAUCGCAAGUUGGUGCUAGGGGCUCACAUACUCCCAUGUCGAAACGAACUAUCAAGGUCAGGAUAUAG